CCCACCGUAGCUUCCGCGCGCCGGCGUCUCGACCCUCAGCGGGAGUCUGAGGCUCCGCUGGCGGGCGUGGCGGUGGGUCCAGAGUUGAAGGCCAGAAUCGGGUGUCGUUCUGGCCGAGGCAGCGAGCUCCGCGACCCUGCGAGAUUAAGACCUGUAGACCGAGCCCGGGACCCCUUUGCUUCUUGGCUGAAAGCUUGAGGAGACCAUCUGCCUAGGUUCCUACUGCAGAUGGAUGGGGCAGAAGGUAACGCGGGGCAGCCCGGCCCUGCGGAGCGGUCCCACCGAAGCAGCGUUUCCUCCGUGGGAGCCCGAGCAGCUGAUGUGCUGGUGUACCUGGCUGAUGACACAGUAGUGCCCCUGGCUGUGGAGAACCUGUCCUCCAUCAGUGCCCAGGAGCUGCACCGCGCAGUCCAUGAAGUCCUGCAGCUCCCAGAUGUGGCCCUGGAUGCCUUUGCACUCUGGCUUGUCUCCCCUCUUCUAGAGGUGCAGUUGAAACCCAAGCACCAGCCCUACAAGCUGGGCCGCCAGUGGCCAGAGCUGCUGCUGCGCUUCACCGAUGCCUCCGAUGACGAUGUGGCCAUGGACGAGCCUUCCCUUCAGUUCCGAAGGAAUGUGUUCUUCCCAAAGCGCCGAGAGCUCCAGAUCCACGAUGAGGCGGUCUUGCGGCUGUUCUAUGAGGAAGCCAAGGGCAAUGUGCUGACUGCUCGAUACCCUUGUGACCUGGAGGACUGUGAGGUGCUGGGUGCCCUCGUGUGCCGUGUGCAGCUUGGGCCUUAUCAGCCUGGCCAGCCUGCUGCCUGCACUCUGAGGGAGAAAUUGGACUCCUUCCUCCCUGCCCACCUCUGCAAACGAGGCCAUGGCCUCUUUGCUGCCUUCCGGGGCCGAGGGUCCAAGACUGGGCCAGGAGAGCAAGGUCUGCUGAAUGCCUAUCGCCAGGUAAAGGAAGCCACAGGCAGUGACAGUGAGCAUGAGACCACCUUGGGCUCCCACUAUCGUGCCUACCUCCUCAAGUGCCAUGAGCUGCCCUUCUACGGGUGUGCCUUCUUCCAUGGUGAGAUCGACAAGCCAGCCCAGGGCUUCUUGCAUCGAGGCGGACGCAAACCAGUGACCGUGGCCAUCAGUCUGGAAGGUGUGCAUGUCAUCGACAGCAGGGAGAAGCAUGUGUUGUUGGGCCUGCGCUUUCAGGAGCUGUCUUGGGACCACACUUCCCCUGAGGAGGAGGAGCCUGUCCUGUGGCUAGAGUUUGAUGGUGACAGUGAGGGCAUGCCUGUCAACAAGUUACUGAGGAUCUACUCCAAGCAGGUAGUGAUGUGUGGUCAUACACACUAGACAGAAAGGCUGGGU